AUAAGCAGGACAGACAAUAAGCACUUUAUAACUAAUUACGCAUACAUAUACUAACAGUAUUUCGUCUGUUUAGUGAAACUCACCUGGAGCUCUGUGCGUCAAGAACCAUGCACUUUUGCAGCGUCUGUUUUACUUCUCUACGUUGGGUUGUCCAUCUCUGAUAAAACUACAACUCUCCGAUGGCCAUCGCCACCGACCACAAAGAGCUACGUGAAGCUGCAGGCAGCCACUCCUGCGAUGACCGCCAUGACAGCGUGUCUGCGGGCUAAGACUGCCUUCACUGGAAAUGACGAGUCAUAUCUCCUGUCUUACGCUGUGCCUUUAAAGGACAACGCUUUCCUCCUUGGGUACAAGAAAAAUGGAGCCAUCGUACUCUAUGUAUUUAACGCAAUAAAAGACACAUCCGUGUCUAAAGUCCAUGAUGGGGCCUGGCACCACUGGUGCUUCUCUUGGAACAAUCGUGGUGGGAAGUGGACGGUUUACAAGGACGGCAUGCCUGCAGCGGCGGGCACUGGCUUCCAAACAGACAAAACCAUACCAGCAAAUGGAGUUUGGAUUGUUGGACAAGAUCAAGAUACGGUUGGCGGCGGGUUUGUCGCUAGUCAAGCCUAUGUUGGUGACAUCACUAGCAUCAAUGUUUGGAACACCGACAAUGUUAAUGUUGCAGCAGUGGCAAGCUGUGGCGAUAAUUUUGGAGGAAACGUUAUCUCUUGGUAUGCCGUCACAAAAGAAGUUCACGAAUUGUCUACGUACAGAGAAGAUUUUUGCAAAGUCACGUAAGAGAUACAAAGUAAAAAUCAAAUUUUGUUUGUCUUUGACAAAUGUAUAAAUAAGC